CUAACGGACGGCGGUGUGUUGCAAUGAGAAAGCCUCUUUGUGUGUUGUCAACGUAUAUAAGACAUUUCUGCCGCAGUUUCUUUCUUUGGAAUAAUGUCGGCUGACUUUGAAAAUAGAGACAAUGGCCCCGAGGGCAUGGAGCCAGAUGGCAUCAUUGAGAGUAACUGGAAUCAGAUCGUGGACAGCUUUGAUGAGAUGAGCCUGCGCGAGACCCUUCUCAGGGGAAUUUAUGCCUAUGGUUUCGAGAAGCCCUCUGCCAUCCAGCAGAGAGCCAUUAUCCCUUGUAUCAAGGGUUAUGAUGUGAUCGCUCAGGCCCAGUCUGGCACUGGGAAGACUGCCACCUUUGCCAUCUCCAUCCUUCAGCAGAUUGACGUGGAGCUGAAAGAAACCCAGGCUCUGGUCCUGGCUCCAACCAGGGAGCUGGCUCAGCAGAUCCAGAAGGUGGUGCUGGCUUUGGGUGACUACAUGGGGGCCAUCUGCUACGCCUGCAUCGGAGGGACCAGCAUCCGCAAUGAGGUCCAGAAGUUGCAGGCGGAAGUCCCUCACAUCGUAGUGGGAACACCUGGCCGCGUGUAUGACAUGUUGACCCGUGGAACCCUGUCUUCUAAGAACAUUAAGAUCUUUGUGCUGGACGAGGCCGAUGAGAUGCUCAGCAGAGGGUUCAAGGACCAAAUCUACGACAUCUUUAGGAAACUGAUCAGCAGCGCACAGGUUGUCCUUCUGUCAGCCACCAUGCCGGCUGACGUGUUGGAGGUCACAAAGAAGUUCAUGCGUGAACCUGUGAGGAUCCUGGUGAAGAAGGAGGAGCUGACCCUGGAGGGUAUCCGUCAGUUCUACAUCAACGUGGAGAAGGAGGAAUGGAAGCUGGACACGCUGUGUGAUCUGUACGAGACUCUGACCAUCACACAGGCUGUCAUCUUCAUCAACACGAGGAGGAAAGUGGACUGGCUCACAGAGAAGAUGCAUGCCAGAGACUUCACAGUCUCUGCUCUGCAUGGAGACAUGGAGCAGAAAGAGAGAGACCUGAUUAUGAGGGAGUUCCGUUCCGGCUCCAGUCGAGUCCUCAUCACCACUGACCUGCUCGCCAGAGGUAUUGAUGUCCAGCAGGUGUCCCUAGUCAUCAACUACGACCUGCCCACCAACAGGGAAAACUACAUCCACAGGAUUGGUCGGGGCGGUCGUUUCGGCAGAAAGGGAGUAGCCAUCAACAUGGUGACUGAGGACGACAAGCGAACCCUGAGGGACAUCGAGACUUUCUACAACACCACCGUCGAGGAGAUGCCCAUGAACGUGGCCGAUCUGAUUUAGAAGAGCCCUCGCAUUACGCCCUCUGUCCUCCCCACCCUGCUUAUUUUAGAAGUCAAACUUUGUUUCUUAUAUGAUCUGAUUCUAAGAACUUCUUUUGCUAAAUUCAGCCUCAACUUUACCCCUCCAUCAGAAAGGAAAGGAUGAACACAGCCACCACUCUUCCUGUUCUUUGACAUAGUUUCCGCCAUGUUCGAAGGAUGAAUUACUGACCUGCUUCAUGUGCUUUCCACCCCACAUCAGCACCUAAAUUCUCCCUGCAGCUCCAUAAUUUGAACAUUUCCACUCUAAGAACUUUUAAACAGAGUUCAUAGACGGGCCCAUCCAGUGCAAAACAGAACCGCAUUUCCAAAAGCACAUAAAAACACCCCGUGAGGUUCACAGUGAUUUGAAGGAUUCUAGCUCUGGCUGUUAGCUUAACAUUUAAAUUAAAACUCAGCUCAGUUGUGUUAGCGUUGUGCAUGUAAUCAGAGAAACUUUUGUGAAAUGUGGCUGUGAUUUGUAGCUGCAUCGCGUCACAGGGUGCUGCACCACUGCUGGAUGAGAGGUUUAGACUGCAGCUCAGUUUGGACUCAGAAUAAUCAAACAAGACGUGCUGCAUUUGACCGAUCAGUAUUCAAACAACCUUCAGUGUACUUUACAAACAGCCUUGAACAUAUGACCAUGUUGAAGAGCGGUUUUGGGGCUAGAGUACACGGGGCAUACUCAAUAAAAAGACCUGUAUAGUAAAAACCCAUCAUGAAUGAGUUGUUUACCAUUUUGAUCCUUUUACUGCUGUUUCAUAUUAUAUAUAUAUAUUUUUUAUGGCUAUUGUACAUACUGCUUGACUUGUGCAGUAGCGUUCAGUUGAAGACCGACCGGUGGCUGAGGAUGUUUGGGGGCAAGCUGACGGUGAGUUGGGGGAGACUUUGCCUCCGGACCCCGAUGACCUGGUUGCGUUUUCACCUCUAACUCUUUUUGUUAAUUUUUAUUUUUCAACAAUAUUGGAAGUUUUUUUCUUUUUUUUUUUUUUUUUUGACUCGGUGGUGGUGACUAACCUACCUCCCCAAAAAUGUCAGGGAGGGGGUGGCUGCCAUACGAAAGGACCAAACUAUAGAUUAAAUAUAUAGACCCUCCCUGCCCCUCCCUUUAUAAGCGCUCGUGUUAAAAUGCCUGUCAUCAUGGGGUGUCUGGUGUAGGAGAUCUGUCAUGUUUUGGGGUGUAUAGUCAGUGCUAUUUUUUAAAAUGAAUUUACGGACUUGUUAACCUUUUUGAGACAGAAACAGUGUAUCAAGUUUUCUACAUUGGCUUCUGUAUAGUAUUUAUUUUAAUGGUCUUUAAAAAAAUAAAGGUUUCUCCUUUUUAA